GAAACUACUAGGUUCCGUACAGGCUCAACUCUACACCCGUGCCAAUAUGUUCAUAUGAAAGCCUCUUGAUUUAUACUAAUAAUUCUUUAAUUCUUUUUGCUCGCUUUCUUUUCACCCUUCCCCCUCUCUCGAUAUUUCAUCAAUUAUCACAUCCCAACAUUUGAAAUGUUUUCAAGUAAAGUUUAGCCUCAAGAACUUAACCUUCACGGACAUUAUAGUAACAAAAUGCUUUGCCCGUGUGUUCUCUGUCAACAAGAGAAUGAAUUGUCCGACCGUACGGUAAAGGAACAUCUGCUCUCAUUCGGUCACAUGAAGAAAACACUGUUGGCUGAUUUUAUCAAACAUACCGAUCCGGGAGACAAACUUUUUCACCACGUGCUGAGGUCGUUACUAGAUAAGUGCUUUGAAGAGGGAGCAACCUUUGAGGUGAAGGGUUCACAGGGAAAACCCCUCCUCAUCACCACUAUCAUUAAGCCGCACAAGGAAAUAAAAACUCCUGCUGACAGUGUUAAAAGGAAGCACACUCAUGUCUUCAAGGAUAUAGUAGAGAGCCAGGCUGAGUCAAGCUGUUCAAAAUCUAAUGACUCUGAUAUCGAAUCAGUGACCAAACGGAUCCGAACUGCGGAGUUAACAUCACUCUCUAAAGAGCAGCGGGAGUAUGUACAGGCGUUGGCUGGCGUUGACUGUAAGAAACGAAUUGAUGCUCUUCAUGUUGCUAUGUUCAAAGCUGAAUCUAACACGGGGACAGCCAAUGUACGAAACAACCUGCGGCCACUGCUAAAAAAAUAUGAUAUAAAAAUGGAAUCAGAGAAGGAAAUCAAGUCAAUGGAAGAAUUAUACACCGUGAACUAUAUGAGUGCAAUGGUUUCUCUUUCCCAUAAAGCUGCAGCACAUGAUAAAAAUGAAACUAAAAGUGGUGAGCUGUUAGCAAGACGUACCCCAGUAGCCUACUGUGAUGGACAGGAACUGCUAACCAAAACACUUAUAACCUUGAAGAAUACCGGCCAGUUAGAUGUGGGAACUGACAAAACUAUACAUGUUAAGCUGUUUGUAGACGCAGACACGAGCUCCACUAAAGUGGCAGUCAAUGUGCUAAACCAGCCUUCGUGUAACAGCUCGUAUGCCCACCCAAUGCUGGUGUACACCGAAGCUCCGGACCAUCGCAGGAACAUGGAGGUCAUAUUUAAGGUGGUUAACCGGGACCUACCACAGCUCAAGAACUUUGUCUUCUGUGGAGCACAUGUGAAGAUGAUUCUCUGUGCAGACACAAAGGCACUGUGGGCUAUGCUGGGUAUGGGCAGCAAUGGGACGUUCCCCUGUCCACUGUGCGAGGUACAUAAAGACCUGAUGCAAGUACCCAGAAGCCAGAGAGCUCUCUGCAAGCCCCGAACUUUUGCGGGAAUUAUGCAGAACUUUGAUGCUAAUAUGAGAAUGACUCAGUGUAACCCGAGAUCCCAAGCCCAGUUUAUGAAUGUUGCUUCACGACCCAUCACAGACUGUUUCGGGGAGGAUUCUGAUUAUCUCAUAAACUGGGUCGCUGUUCCGUUCUUGCACAUAAACAUCAAAGUCGGGACUUUUCUGUGGACAGAGUACGGUAAACUGUGCGAGGAGAUAGACUUUGUACUCGCUUGCAAUGUGGCAGACGGGUUUCUUCCCAACAGCUACAGCAGUACGACAGACUUUGGAGCCAUGAUUCUGCGCAUCGAACAAGGUAACCGUGUGGCCUCGAAGUGGCCACACGAUACAUCUCCUUGA